AAUCUCUUCUUCCAAGUCCCCGUAAGAAGAAGUUUACUCCGCAGAUAUACACCGGAAAUGGCGUCGUUUUGUAGAUCGGCAAUUAUGGCUGGUUCCAGGUCUCUAGCUUCUAGAUCCAGAACCGUAACGCAAAGGUCCCUCGACCUUAAACCCACAACAAAUUCGUCUCCUUUCACCUCUCUGAAUAACUCUAUCCCUCGCGCUUCCAGGGUUGUUUCGGCGUUGGGGAGCGUGGAAACGAUGAUUCCGCUUCAUAGCGCCAUUGCUUCUGCUCGGCUCCGGUCGAGUAUCGCCGCCGAUUCUUCCUGUUGGAGCUGGCUGUCUCUGGGAUUUGCUACUCCUUUGUGACACGGUCCGCUGGAUGAUCUAUAAAAGGCGAAAUCGUCAGUCAAUGAAAAGAAACACAAACUGUUUUUCGGGGUUUCGGGAUUUCGUUCAAGUGUUUGGAGUUCUUGUACUGCGUUUAUCGUUAUAUCGGCCUACACUACACCAUUUGGUGAAUGGAUUUUAUCAUAAUGUCUCAGCAAGAUCUGCAUUAAGGAAUCCAGUGCUGUUUGGUUUGAUUCCGGUUCAGUAGAAGUAGGAACUCAUAAGGAUCGAUGACAAUGUCAGAUUAAGAUUUUGUUUUCAUGUUCUUGGCGUGGA